AUGUAUACUCCUUAACAAGGAUCUAUGUCAGCUAAUUUCAGUAACGACCUACGUCACAGCAUGCUGAGAUAAAUUCCUUGUAAACCUAUUCCAAUUUUUUUUUUCUUCUGUGUACAGAUGUACGUAAGCUGUGCUCUGGGAGUUGAAGCAGUGGGCUAUACCAUGAUGUGCAUGGGAGUCAUGAACACCCUGGGCUCCUUCACUGUCUACCAAUUCGCUAAACACAUCAAAAGACCAAUUAUCAUGGCGGCAGGCUUCAUCUUUCAGGUUGGACUUCUAAUGGUCCUGUGGUUGUGGAAGCCUGUCAGAGACGACAUAGCAGUUUUUUAUGUCAUUGCUGCAGGUUGGGGACUGUGCAACGCCAUCUGGGAGACACUUACUUUGAGUUUCGUUGCCACAACCUAUCGUGAAGAUUGGCAAUCUGCAUUUUCCCUUUACUUCCUUGCUCAGGCGUUAGGCUUAACUCUGGCCUUUUGUGGAAGUCUUUAUUUCUGCCCUGGAAUUCAAAUAUACAUCCUCGCUGGAACAUUGGUAGUCUCUGCUGCUCCCUACAGUUGUCUGGAGUUUCGUUUGCACCAGCAGAGGAAAUUCCAAGAACGCUCCGCCAUGUUGUGACGUAAUAAGCUGUAAGCCUGAUGGAUGACGUGGUUUCUCUGUUUGGGAACACGUGUUUCAUCAAUUAUAAUUUGUCAUUGAAAUAGAUGUAUAUAUAGGAUGUCGAUAUGUGUACGUUAUAGCUACAUAGAAGUUGUAUACGUUUACUCAAUAUUAAAGCUUACUUAUAACUGCUUUUUAAUAUAUAUAUAUAAUGUUAUAUUUAUACUCGUAUAGCCCUACUGAGAAUGUUAAAAUACACUGAAUAGAAUAAAUAUACACCUACAUAGUUAACCAAAAGUGACAUCGUUAUCUUCUCUAAGGAUGGAAUAGAUAAACAAAGAACUAUUCAGUAAAUAAAAGCAAUGACGAAUAUAGAAAACUAGACCAUUGUCGUCAAUCGUUUCGUUAAACUAUGGAAGGCAUCACCAGUAGGGUUUAGCCUGCUCCGGUUGUAUAGAACAAGGCUGGAUGUUUAGUGUUAUCUAGUGUUGUAUGACAUAUUGUCAAAAACAUGUAAGAAGUAUUGUAGAGAAAAGUUAUAAAUGUCAUUUAACAUGUAUAUUUUAGAAUACUAAGAACAACAAGCAAGAAACGUUUGUUGUUAAAAUAUGUAUUUGAGUUUUUUUAUUGUCAUUGUAAUUGUACGUGAUAGAUAUGUUUCUAUUGAAGUAUGUAAUGUCUAGGGACUUAAUCAACUCCCUAAUUUGUAACUCGUUUGUAAUAUCAUAAAACGUGAUUAUAGGUUUAUAUUAAUGUUAUACGAGACGUUUCAAUUCUUGCGACAAACGGCUUGUUCAUUUGAUCUUCGUGUAAUUCCUUUCAUAGUUCUUGAUCAAGAGCGAACAUUCAGUGAAGUAACUAUUCGUUGAAAUGUAUAUCAAUAAAAAAAGAGUAGGAUAGUUUAUUAACUACAAUGGUAUAUUGGUUGUUCGGAACAGUUAUUAAAAACGAAUAAAACUCUGUAGUAAUCGUAAAGAUGUAUUCAUUGUUAGGAACAGUUAUUAAAAACGAAUAAAACUCUGUAGUAAUCGUAAAGAUGUAUUCAUUGUUAGGAACAGUUAUUAAAAACGAAUAAAACUCUGUACUAAUCGUAAAGAUGUAUUAAUUGUUAAGAACAGUUAAUAAAAAGAGAUAAGAAACUAUA